CUCAGGCUGUGUGCCGUAGCAGCGCUGAAGAGCGCGUGAAGAGAGUAAUGGCAUGAGCUUUGCGUCGAGAUCCCGUCAAACCACCGUAACGCGAAAUUCUCGCACCUGAACUUUCACAGUUUCCGGAGGACUAUUUGACCUAUUCAACGGAGCGUCUUGUUGAAUUAUUUGCAUCAGCAGCAGCACUUCACAAGUCACUCCAGAGCACUUGCGUACCUGCCUUUCCAAGACAUUUAAAAUAAAGAGGAUAUGAUAUUGGACAUGUGAAAUACAGGAGGUAACUUAAAAAAUGAAGCUGGCGUCUUGUCUGUGUUGCCUCGGCGUUCUUCUCACUUCAGUGGCGGUCCGGCUGAGCCGUUCGCAACAAGUAUGCACCGGCACAGAGAAUAAACUGAGCACUCUGUCAGACUUGGACCAGCAGUACCGGACCCUUCGUAAAUACUAUGAGAACUGCGAAGUGGUGAUGGGCAACCUGGAGAUCACAAGCAUCGACCGCAGUCGUGACCUGUCUUUCCUUAGGUCCAUUCGUGAGGUGACCGGAUAUGUUCUUGUGGCACUGAAUCAGUUUGAAUAUCUGCCCUUGGAGAAUCUGCGCAUCGUCCGUGGAACCAGGCUGUAUGAAGACCGCUAUGCGUUGGCUAUCUUUCUCAACUACCGUAGAGACGGCAACUUCGGGCUGCGUCAGCUCGGCCUCAAGAAUCUUACAGAAAUUCUGAAUGGAGGGGUGUACGUGGACCAGAACAAGUUCCUGUGUCAUGCUGACACCAUCCACUGGCAGGACAUUGUGAAGAAUGCCCGUCCUGAUCACCUGGUUGUUCCAUCCAAUAGCAGCAGUUCCUGUCAGAGAUGUCACAGAGCAUGUAAUGGACGCUGUUGGGGACCAAAGGAGAACCAAUGUCAAAGUUUGACAAAGACAGUAUGUGCCGAGCAGUGUGAUGGUCGCUGUUUUGGACCGUACGUCAGUGACUGCUGUCAUCGCGAGUGUGCCGGAGGUUGUUCGGGCCCAAAGGACACUGACUGCUUUGCCUGCACAAACUUCAACGACAGCGGCGCAUGUGUGACCCAAUGCCCACAGCCCUUCGUCUACAACCCCACCACAUUUCAGCUGGAGCACAACCCACGGGCCAAAUACACCUACGGUGCAUUCUGUGUCAAAAAGUGCCCACAUAACUUCGUGGUGGACCACAGCUCCUGUGUCAGAGCCUGUCCGAGCAACAAGAUGGAGGUGGAGGAAAACAGGAUCAAGAUGUGCAUUCCCUGCACAGAUAUCUGCCCGAAAGGUGAUGGUUCUGUUACAGCAUGUGAUGGCAUCGGCACCGCCAGUCUUCAGACGGCUCAAACCGUCGACUCCAGCAACAUUGACAGAUUCAUCAACUGUACCAAGAUCAAUGGCAACUUGGUGUUUCUCAUCACCGGGAUUAAAGGGGAUGUAUACCACAACAUAGAGCCAUUGGAUCCGGAGAAACUCAAUGUCUUUCGCACUGUUCGGGAAAUUACAGGUUUCCUGAACAUUCAGUCCUGGCCAGAAAACAUGACGGAUUUAAGUGUCUUCUCCAAUCUGGCAACCAUAGGUGGGAGGUCUCUCUACAGUGGGAUCUCUCUUCUGGUGCUGAAGCAGCAGUGGAUAUCCUCGCUGCAGCUGCAGUCUCUCAGUGAGAUUAGUGCGGGAAACAUCUACGUCACCAACAACAGCCAACUCUGCUACUACAACACCGUCAACUGGACGCAGCUGUUCCGCACCAACACCCAGAAGGCCAUGAUCCGAAACAACCGAGACCCGAAGGAGUGCAUUUCGGACCGUAUGAUAUGUGACCCGCUGUGUUCGGAUGCUGGAUGCUGGGGUCCGGGGCCUGAACAGUGCGUGUCUUGUCGGUUCUUCAGCAGGGGUCGCACCUGUGUGGAGUCUUGCAACCUACACGAAGGACUGUCUGGCUCUAGGCCCAAGCUGCUCAGCAGGCCCUACGUGGUCGAGAAGCGACAGGCAGGUUUGGAGAGGGACGUGCGCGAGUUUGCGAAUGGCUCAAUGUGUUUGGAGUGUGAUGCACAAUGUGAGGUGGCAGAAGAUGAUGGUCUUGCCUGCACUGGACCUGGUCCUGAUCACUGUGUUAAAUGUCUUCACUUUAAAGACGGGCCCAACUGUGUGGAGAAAUGCCCCGAUGGCCUACAGGGAACAAACAGCUUCAUCUUCAAAUAUGCUGAAGCCAACAAUGAGUGUCACCCUUGCCAUGUCAACUGUACCCAGGGAUGCACAGGACCCCGUCUGCAAGACUGCAUUGGCAUGAUGGACAGGACUCCUCUCAUCGCGGCUGGGGUUAUCGGUGGACUGUUUUUGGUGAUCAUCGUGGGCUUGAGCAUUGCAGUAUCAAUGAGAAGGAGGAGCAUCAAGAAGAAGAGAGCCCUAAGACGCUUUCUGGAGACUGAGCUGGUGGAGCCCCUGACGCCCAGUGGUGCCGCCCCUAACCAGGCCCAACUGCGUAUUCUGAAGGAGACCGAGUUGAAAAGGGUGAAAAUUCUGGGAGCCGGAGCUUUCGGCACCGUUUACAAGGGCAUUUGGGUACCCGAGGGCGAGACUGUGAAGAUCCCCGUGGCCAUCAAGAUCUUAAACGAGGCGACGGGCCCCAAAGCCAACGUGGAGUUUAUGGAUGAGGCUCUGAUCAUGGCCAGUAUGGAGCAUUCUCACCUUGUACGACUGUUGGGGGUUUGCCUGAGCCCCACCAUCCAGCUGGUCACUCAGCUCAUGCCCCACGGCUGUCUGCUGGACUACGUGCAUGAGCACAAGGACAACAUUGGCUCCCAAUUACUGCUCAACUGGUGUGUUCAAAUCGCCAAGGGUAUGAUGUACUUGGAGGAGAGGAGACUUGUGCACCGAGAUCUAGCAGCCCGAAACGUCUUAGUGAAGUCACCCAAUCAUAUCAAGAUCACCGACUUCGGUUUGGCUCGUCUCCUGGAUGCAAAUGAGAAGGAAUAUAAUGCAGAUGGCGGCAAGAUGCCUAUAAAGUGGAUGGCCUUGGAAUGUAUACACUACAGGAAAUUCACCCACCAAAGUGAUGUCUGGAGUUACGGAGUGACGAUCUGGGAGCUGAUGACAUUUGGUGGAAAACCAUAUGAUGGAAUCCCAACACGAGAGAUUCCCGACCUUCUGGAGAAAGGAGAGAGGCUUCCUCAACCUCCCAUUUGCACUAUUGAUGUCUACAUGGUCAUGGUCAAAUGCUGGAUGAUAGAUGCAGAUAGCAGACCCAGGUUUAAAGAGCUUGCAGCAGAAUUCAGUCGAAUGGCAAGAGACCCACAGCGUUACCUCGUGAUCCAGGGUGAUGAUCGCAUGAAGCUCCCCAGCCCCAAUGAUAGUAAGUUCUUCCAGAGUCUGUUAGAUGAAGAGGAGCUGGAAGAUCUGAUGGAUGCCGAAGAGUAUUUGGUCCCACAAGCAUUCAGUAUUCCUCCACUGGCAUAUACCACCAGAUCACGAAUGGACUCCAACAGAAACCAGUUUGCAUACCAGGAUGGAAGCUUUGGCAUGGAGGAGAUGAUGGCCACUAUCCCUCGGGUUGUGGCUGUAUCUGCAGUAAGCCCGGCUUGUUCCUCUCAGAAGCAAUCUGUGGCCCAUCAGGGGGCCUCAGGGUCCUCUGAAGCAUUUGAAGACAGUCGCUGUAAUGGCACGCUGAGGAAGAAGGCUUCACCCAGGGCGAGCACCGGGGAGGACAGCAGUGGUCAGCGUUACUGCGCGGAUCCAACCAUGAUGCUGUGCGAACGUGGAGCCAGAGCUGAAACUGACCAGGAUGGAUACAUGGGCUCCAUACAGGACAAAAAGCCCACAGAUUAUCUUAACCCCCCUGUAGAGGAGAACCCCUUUGUCACCCUUCGCAGAAACGGAGAGGUCCACAGUGCCUCCAAUGGGCAGCCCAAGGUGGAGGAGGACUACGUCAACGAUCCGCUUUACCUCAACACCUUCCAUAACUCCGGGGAAAAGAGUCACGACGUCCUGAGGAAGAAUGGAGUCCCUGGGACUCAUGCAUCGGCAAUAGUAGCAUCAGCUAAUUCUGGCGCUUCGAAAAGCCAGAAUCUUCCCCAAACAAUUCAACUACCAGCACCCACUACCCAUAUCACACCACAGCCUCUAUACCACGGCCAACCAAGCAUCUCUACACUUUCAGGCCACACCCUCCACUCUGCCCAUCCUGGACACGUCCUCCAUCCAACGCACACCCUCCAUCCCACUCACUCCGGGACCAUCAUGGUCGACAAAAAGCCCAAAAAGACAUUCGACAAUCCUGAGUACUGGCAGCACAGUCUUCCGCCCAAGGCAACUCUCCAUAACCCCGAGUACCUGCAGGACUGCAGCACACGCUUUUUCUACCGGCAAAACGGUCGGAUUCGGCCUGCCGUGGCCGAGAACCAGGAGUACCUGUCUGAAUAUGCGCUAAAGCCGGGCACCGUGUUGCCACCGCCCCCUUAUCGCCAGAGAAACACUGUUGUGUAGCAACAUCUGCCAAUUGAAACGAAAGACAAAGUGGGAAAUAUACAGGUAGAAAGAGACCAUCUUAAACCUUAUUUUCACCCUGGCUCUCUCACACCAGCAUCCAGAUGUCUCCUAUCCUUUCCAAACUGGAUUUAACGCUUAACUUUCAACGACCUGUGUAGGCUUCUCAUCCAGAGGCGUGACAUCUGCUUGUGUUUCCUCAAUCUGAUCAUCAUUUACACCUGUUCCAUUUGGAAAGUUAUAUAACAAUACUCGUCAUCGGAUCAUAUGAUAGAUGUUACAUUCAUUGCAAGAGGUACCUGUAUUUACUGUAAGUACGAACCCAGUGCCACACGGUGUGGACAUUUGGACAUAAAAACAAAAAUGUGUCAUUGAUUCGUUUUAAACAGCAGAAAGGAGCCAUUCGUUUGUGCAAUGACAACAAUUUCGAUCUUGUUUUGGGUUGAAUUUUGAUUUAAAGCUACUACAGUAUGAUCUGUUGUAAUUUAUAACUUUGAUUAUUGUUGUUAAACAAGUAUAGUUUACUUUAGAUUAUAUGAGAAGGCAGAUAUGUCGUAUGCAGGGCCAUCAUCAAGGGUAGACAACCCGGGAGUGUCCCUGUAGCAGCUCAACGUUGGUUGAGCACUGCGUUAACAAUGUGAAAGGUCAUGGGUUCGAUAUAAAGGACCACACAUACUGAUAAAAUGUAGGGCUUGUAAUGCACUGUAAAUCGCUUUGGAUUAAAGCGUCUGCCGAAUGGGUGAUUCUCACGAAAUCCAGACUUAGGUGUUCAGCAUCAGAUUUUUUUAAAAGCCCUUGAAACUAUUUUUUUGCACAUAUAAGAUUAAGGUCUGAACUAACUAUAAACGUUAUUUUUUGAGGAUUUAAAAAAUAUUUCCUAUAGAAUUAUUUGAAUUUUUUAGAUUAUCAUUUUCAAAAAUUAUCAUUACCGCAACAUGAUAUGACAAAAAAAUUUCAACUUUUAUCUGAAGAGAAAAAAUAAGAACUACUUACCUGGUAGCCAUCUUGAGUGUCACAGUCAAUUAUGUCCCUUUCAACAAUUUUUUUUUUUUUUGAAAAUGUUAGUUCCUUGAGGGCUUAAACAAUAAUUGAAAAUUGUUGCGGAGAAUAAGAACAAUUUCUUGGACACAUUUGUAUUCCUUAUUAUUAUUUACCAGUGAUCACCAAAUACCACAUGUUUCUUUACUGUAAAUGUUUAUAGGAUAACAUGCACUGAAGCUUUUUAUAUUUUUAGAUGUUUUAAUUAGAAAUUUUUCCAUGUCAAAGAACCCAAAUCCAGUCAUGGACACGUUGCGGUAAUGACAAUUUUUCCCUUAAAUGUGGAAAAAACAACAAAAUUGGUUUGAAUGAUGUCAUUUGAAAUCAUGUGCAAAAUAGUACAUGAAGAGAUGUUUGUAACUGUAUGCUUCUUAUUUUGAUAGCAUAAGUCUAAUUUCGCGAGAAUCACCCGAAUGCAUAAAAGUAAUGUACAUGAAUAAUAUCCAAACUCUUGGAGAAGAGGCGUCUUGUACUGCGGUUUGGAAAGAAGGACUUGACCCAAUGAUAGAAGAUAGAUUUCAGCAAUGGCCCUGGUUGUAUGUUAAAUCCUGUUAAAUCCAUGGUUUGUAUUCAUAUGUAUUAUAUCGCUCAAGCAAGGCACUUUUAUUUUUCAUCUUAAUACUUGUGAGCCAUUCUCCUUUCAAUACGCAACAAGACUGGAUAUAUUUCUUAUGUGGUAACAGUCCACGUUAGACUUCUGAGCAGCACACAUGUAACAACAUGUGUAAAGAAAAACAGAUAAAGAGAAACACUCCACGCUGAGAAAAACUCUCAUAUCAGCCUGUUUGCGAAAUACAAAAGCCAGGCCUUACUGUAGCCUGCUGCUAAAUCAAUAACUUCAUAAAAACAGAUCUGCAGCAGUCUACUCUAAUAAUGUUUUUAUUGUGGAUCUUGCCAGCAUUGAUCUGUACACUCACACAGUUGUCACCUUAAUGUAGCCUUCCUUUAUUUGUGCCAUUUAAUGUGAGGAAAUUAAAACCCAAGUUGAAAAACUGGAUGCACCUUGAACUUCAGAUAGUAAAAUCAAUAGCGACCAAGAUGUCUGUCCCACGUAGAUGGACAUUCGGCAAAAGGAUAUUUACACACCAGGUUUGCACGAAAGACUCGAGCACAUGACACCUGGCACCAGUUUUGAAAUAUGGCCGGAAAACUGUUAAAACUGUAUGACUGUAAAAAGGGUGAAUAUUAAAGACCACAUGCAACUUCAUCCAGAUGCACAAAAGUGGGAAACGGCAGCUUUG